CCACUCGCAUCGACGUCGUCCUUGCCGUCAUUGUCAUCCAACGACGACGACGACUCGAACGUGAGCUCUAUCUCGAUCGGCGACUCGGAGAACGACGUUGCCUCACUAUGCUCGUCGGCCGUGGGUUCGAUCUCUAGCGCCGAGAGCGAGUAUGUACGACCCGUUUUGCACCGCUUCGGCGCCGUCAACGACGGUUGGUCAUCCGUCUUGACCGUCCCUCGCGUCCUCUACGCGCACCAGAUUGUCGAAGCCAGCCAACAUGCAGCGCACGCAUCCCCGCCCAAGCCAGCACGUCACAUAGACACAAGUGAUGAUGAUGCCGACGGUGAGGAAUUGCGGCCCGUCCUCUGCCUGACGCAUCUGCACCGCUUCGAGCUACCCGCAGCGAAGUCCUCCCGAGUAACACCUGACGGCAUGCCUUACGUCGCUCCUCACAUCGCA